AAACUGCCUUCAUUGUCUUCACAGUCCCGCAAACCCCCCAACGAAUGUGCUUUGGGCGGACCACUACGGGAGAAUUAUGCCCAUAGAGGCUGCUCAAUACGAGCUAUGAGGUGGGAUGCUUGUACGGAGUACCUCGUACUGACAAAGAUCAAAGACGCGCACCCUCAGUGGAGCAAGUCUGAAACGCCUGUGUAUCCUGAAGCGCCCCCUUGCGACCAUGGAGCUUCAACCACAUCCAACCGAACCCUCCUGACACAAGCUCGAGUCUCCCUAAACCUGCGUCUUUGCGCUUUCCUCUUUAUCUGUCGCGCUGUGCGUUUCGGUUCUCCUCCCUCUCUUUUCUUCGACCACGUUCACUUUUUCUGUUUCUAGAGGUUCAUUUUCCUCCCGCUCGACCAGAUCGACAGCGUUCUUCGAGCAGGUCUCGUGUUUUCCUUUUCGACACUCUUUACAUUUACCACAGAAGAACAGAUUCGCUACUGCUUGACCCCCUCCUCGAGACUUCGAAAGUCCACAGCAGCGAUAAUGGCUAACAAAAUCCUCUUGGUCUUUAUCGUCUUCGACGUCAUUUUCCUUCUUUGCGCCGGCCUCCAUCUCUUCAUCCCAUUGUAUACUCGCAUGAAUAUCAAGAAUAACAACAAUGUCAACAAUAUUGCGUCCAACCUGUUGCUCGACAAUUGCCCGCUUACAGUGAGCGUGGUCAACUCCAUUAUCAUGUUCAUCACCUUCCUCCUCUCCGUUCCCGCCUUUUUCAUGCGGCGCAACCGCACAUUCUUGAAAAUCCACGCCUGGGGAAUUGUCAUUGCGGCUCUCCUUACCCUGGCCAUUGGUCUGGACAUCUGGUUCUCUACCCUCCAGACCAAGAAGAACCUUGCUCCCAUUUGGAACGCCCAAGCACCUGCCAUUCAAACCAUGCUCCAGACAAAGUUCCAAUGCUGUGGAUACAGUAAUCCCGCACUGUUUGUCAAAGACCAGACCUGCACUAGUGCGGCCACGGCGGCGAGGCUGGGACCCUGCAUCACCGCCUUCGGCACGUUUGCGAAUCGAUUCCUGGAUGUGGUUUUCACAACGUUCUUCGGAUUUGUUGCGGUCGAUAUGAUGCUCCUGCUGGCUGCGUUGUGUUUGAUCAAGGACAGAAAGGAGAAGGAACGAUAUCGGCUCAUCGAUGAAAAGAGAGGCUUUGGACCUAUCUAACAGCAAAGCAGCAGGGGCUAAGAGGUGGGCUGGCGGGGGAGCUGCGAGUGCGCGGAACUUGACCCAGAUGAGGACCAAGUGGAGGAGAGAGAAAUGAGGGACUCGAACGUGUUCUCGAGGGCGAUCUAAGAACGCAGGAAGGAAUGUCGCCCUUCUAUUUCUCGUUUCUUGUGUACCACAAAUUGUGACAAAGACUUUUGUGAUCCGUCGGAGUUUGAACAUGCGAGGUCUGUUCACUGAGACGGGGACAUGUGUUAGCAAUGACAGCGGGUGUUGUAUGAGGAGAUUCUUGAUAUAUAAACAUUGGACAUUUUAGACACGACCACCAUGACAGCGGCAUAGAUUCAAGAGAUUUUCAACCCCACGAAAACGCC